GACAGUGUUCCAGACCAAACUGCACUGGGAGCGGCUGGUUUUCAUUUACACUUUUUUUUUUUCUACAGAAAGUGGGAGGAGGAAUAAAAAAUGGAUAUGUUCCACGGAUCGCUUGAGUUUGUCCCGUCUCUAGCCUAAGUUAGAGCCACAGCUCCUUGCGUGAGCUAGCGGGAAGGUCUAACUUAAUUGUUACAACCGUUCCUUUGGCUCGGCUUGGUCUUUCUACCAUCUCGUUCUUCAGUUAUCCUCCAGGGAGCUGCACCACUAUACAGGGAAAUAACUGGGAGAAUAAUGACCUAAAGACAAAAAAAAUAUAUAAAAAGUUUUUUAAAUUGUGGAACACAGCAAUUUACCUCAGGGUCACUGAUAUCCAGUGCUUUGAUAGAAAAUGAGGAAACAUCGGUACAUGUCAUUGUGUGCCCUCUUGGGUCUUCUGUUCUCAGGCUUGCACUCCAUCAUCGAAGCUCAGGAUGAUGCCAGAAAAGGUGUGGCUGCAGAUAUAUUCUUUCUAGUGGAUUCAUCUUGGAGCAUUGGAAAAGAAAAUUUUCAGUACAUCAGAGAGUUUCUUUACGGUGUGGUGCAGGCUUUAAUCAAAGGGGAUGACGCCUUUAAUUUCGCCCUGGUGCAGUACAGUGGCUCCCCCAAAACUGAGUUCCUAUUAAACACGUACGCCACAAAGCAGGACAUUCUCUUCCACAUAUGGAGUAUGCCUUAUCUGGGGGGCGGUACGCGAACCGGCCUGGGUCUGGAGUAUCUGAUUAAGAAGCACCUGACUGAGGCGGCUGGCAGCAGGGCCAGCGAAGGCGUGCCACAGAUCGUUAUCGUUCUGACCGACGGGCGUUCCCAGGACGAUGUCAUACCGCCGUCGGCAGUCCUCAAAUUGGCCAACGUUGACAUGUUUGCCGUGGGAGUGCAACAUGCUGUGGAGUGGGAACUCAAGGAGAUUGCUAGCAAGCCCUUUGACACUCAUGUGUACAAUGUAGACACUUUUUCUGCCCUGCAUGGCAUAGUACAAGAAUUAGUCGGCAAUGUCUAUGCAGCUGCAGCUUCCCCUGCGCUGGCUGAAGCCAAAGGAGUAAUUAAAGAUGUGACAGCACAAGAGUCGGCUGACCUUAUAUUCUUAAUUGACGGAUCAGAGAACGUUGGAGCUGCCAACUUUCCAAGUGUCCGUGAUUUGGUUCUAAAUAUCAUUGAAAACCUUGAUGUGGGAAGUGAUGCAGUAAGAAUUGCUGUGGUUCAGUAUAGCGAAGAUGUCCAGAUUAUGUUCUAUUUAAAUAGUUAUGACACCAAAACGGACAUUCUGGACGCUGUGAAGGGGCUUAGCUUCAAAGGUGGAAAUGAAGCUAACCUGGGGGCAGCUGUUGAAAGUGUGGUCCAAAACAUAUUCAUACCUGAAGCAGGUAGCAGGGCUGAGGAAGGCGUGCCGCAGGCUCUAAUGAUUAUCAGUGCUGGGCCACCCAGCGAUGAUGUCAUUGAGGCAGAAAAAGCCUUAAAGCAAGCUAGUAUUUUCACAUUUGGCAUUGGGGCUGGGGGAGAAGUUGAAGCAGAGCUUGAGAAUCUUGCCACGGACAGAAGCUUUGUAUUCUCAGCCCCAAGUUUCAGUACUAUUGGUGAACUGCGGGAUCAGCUGUUGCCAUACAUUUAUGGGGUGGCUCAACGAACCAUUGUUUUACAGUCCGAGAUUAUAGAAGCUUUGGUUGUUGAACCGAGGGACAUUAUUUUCCUGAUAGAUGGGACCCAGAAUAUGGGUGGCACCAACUUCAUGGCGAUCCGUGAAUUUAUUAAAAAGUUUGUUAGCACAUUGCCAAUCGGACCUGAUAAGGUACAGAUCGGUGUGGCCCAGUAUGCCCAGAAUGUUAAGUUAGAGUUUGAUCUGAACACCCAUGAAACCAAAGAAUCAAUGUUGAAUGCACUGAACAGAAUAAAAAUAAGGGGAGGAAGGCAGGCAGUGAACAUCGGAGCUGCGCUGGAAUUCGUCAGAACCAGGAUGUUUGUCCCAGAGAAGGGGAGCCGAGCCCUGGAAAGAGUGCCUCAGCUGCUGAUGUUGUUCUCAGCUAAAGCAUCGUCUGAUAGUUUUCUUAGUCAGGUGGAAGAACUUAAGAAAAUGAGUGUUCUGACUGUGGCUGCUGGAGGCAAGAAUGCUGAUGAACAGGAACUUAAAAAGAUUGCUUUUGAUGAGAGCAUGGUCUUUAUUUAUAAGGAUUUCCGUGUGCUGUCUAGAAAUCCAGAGAAGCUUGUUUCACCAUUAACAACGCUAUCUGGAGUUUUACCUGAGGAGACACCUACAGGUGUUAUAGUAACCACAGUAGAAACCCUGAGAGUUGUUCGAGACAUCGUCUUCCUUGUGGAUGGGUCAAGCUAUGUUGGAGACACCAACCUCCCAUAUGUGCGUGAUUUCAUCUCUGAAAUAGUGAGAAGGCUUGACGUGCAUCCAGAGAGAGUUAGAAUUGGUUUGCUGCAGUUCAGCGAUACUCCACAAACUGAGUUCUACUUGAACACCUAUUCCACGCAACAAGAAGUCCUUGAAAGUAUUGCUCGUCUCAGCCUGAUAGGAGGAACAUCUUUAAAAACUGGUGCAGCACUUGAAUUCACCCUUAAAAAUCACUUUCAGCCCACAGCUGGAUCAAGGAAGAAUCAAGGUGUUCAACAAGUCAUAGUGCUUAUUACUGGUGGUGUAUCUCAAGAUGAGGUAAAACGUGUGGCUGACCUCUUAGCAGUCAACAACAUACUGACCUAUGCUGUGGGAGCAGAACGUGCAGACAGAGCCUUCCUGGAGACAGCUGCCUUUGUUCCUCAGUUGGCCUACUACGAGUACAGCUUUUCUGGACUACCGAAUAUUGUGUCACAGAUUAUGACUCCCCUGAUUACAGUGGUUGGUGAUGUGAGUGUUACAGAAAAGAAAGAUGUCGUGUUCCUGGUAGAUGGCUCUGAUGGCGCUGGAGCUGAUUUCCCCUAUAUCCGAGAUUUCAUCUUAAAAGUCGUCAGUGCUCUUGACGUUGGAAGUGAUAAAGUGCGGAUUUCUGUGGUCCAGUACAGUGAGAAGCCAAAACCUGAAUUCUACCUGAACUCGUACACCACGAAAGAGCAGGUUGCUGGUGCUGUUAAUGCUCUCAGGCUAGGAGGUGGUCGGACUCUGAACACUGGUGCGGCUCUGACCUUUGUGAAAGAAACCAUAUUAACACCAGUUCAUGGCAGCCGGAUUUCAGAAAAUGUUCCCCAGAUUUUGAUAGUUUUGUCUACAGGACAAUCUAGAGAUAAUGUUAGAGCCCCUGCUAGCUCCCUAAAGACAGCUGGAGUUGUGCCCUUUGGCAUUGGAGUGAAGAAUGCAGAUCGUAGUCAGAUAGAAGCAAUUUCACACAAUCCUUCCUUCACUUUCUUGGCUGCUGGCUUCAAUGAACUCAACCAAAUUCAAGAACGACUUUCAUACUACGUCUCCCUCCCAAGAGAAAAACUAAUUGACAUUUUAAGCCAAGAAUUGAAAAGGGAUGUUGUGUUUCUACUGGAUGGCUCUGAUGGCACUUAUAAUGGAUUCCCAGCAAUACAGGAAUUUGUUGAAAGAGUAGUGGAGAACCUCAAUGUGGAGGAAAGCAAAGACCGAGUUGCUGUGAUCCAGUACAGUAAUUUUCCAGUAGUUAACUUCUAUCUAAAUUCAUACUCAACAAAGGAGGAUGUCAUUAAUACCAUAAGACGUCUAAGCCAUAAAGGAGGGAGACCCUUGAACACUGGGGCAGCUCUCCGGUUUGUUAGGGACCAUGUCUUUACUGCUUCUGGUGGCAGCAGACAUUUGGAGCGCAUCCCUCAGAUAUUAAUAUUCCUGACAAGUGGAAGGUCCACAGAUGAUGUUAGAGGCCCUGCAUCUGCUCUUAAAGGGCUUGGAGUUGUUCCAUUUGGUAUUGGUGUGAGCAAUGCAGAUCCACGUGAACUGGAAGUUAUUGCCUACGCUCCCAAUUAUGUGUACCCGGUCCCCGAGUUGUCUGACCUUCAGUCAGUCCAUCAGCAGCUUGUGUCCACAGUUAAAAGUGUUUCCAGAGGUACAGAUGAUACUGUGAUCCCUGAAAGUCCCGAGGUUGUAGUUGAUACAGAAGGCUUUAAAAGAGAUGUGGUGUUUCUUCUUGAUGGUUCUGAUGACUCUAGAAAUGGAUUGCCUGCAAUCCGAGAAUUUGUUCGAAGGAUGGUGGAAAACCUUGACAUUGAAGAGGAUAAAGUCCGGGUUGCAGUUGUCCAGUAUAGCAAUGACCCGUCACCAUAUUUUUACCUAAAGACUCAUAAAACCAAGAAAGCUGUUGUCUAUGCAGUAAGAAGCCUGAGACAUAAAGGGGGAAGACCCCUCAACACUGGGGCAGCUCUCCAGUUUGUUAAGGACAAUGUCUUUACUCCUUCUGCUGGUAGCAGACGUCUUGAAGGUGUUCCUCAGAUAUUAAUUCUCCUGACAGGGAAAAGCUCCCAAGAUGAUGUUAGGGGUGAAGCGACUGCUUUGAAAAGACUUGGAGUUCUUUCUUUCGCCAUUGGAAUGAAAGAUGCAAAUGAAACUGAGCUGCAAACCAUUUCAUAUUCUCCUAGUUUUCUUUUCAAUCUUCCUUUCUUUGGUGAACUCUUAUCCAUUCAGCCACAGGUUUUGUCCUUCAUUAAAUCCAAAUUGGAAACUGAAUCUCCGACUACUGUGGUUGAAGUAGACACAGCAGAAAGGGAUGUCGUAUUUCUGCUGGAUGGUUCUGACGACACUAGAAAUGGAUUCCCAGCAAUGCGCGACUUUGUUCAGAGAGUAGUGGAGAACCUCAAUGUGGAGGGAAACAAAGACAGAGUUGCUGUGAUCCAGUACAGUAAUGACGCAACAGCUAACUUCUAUCUGAAUACAUAUACGACAAAGGAGGAUGUCAUUAAUACCAUAAGAGGCCUGAGACACAAAGGAGGAAGACCGCUCAACACUGGGGCAGCUCUGCGGUUUGUUAAGGAUAAUGUGCUUACACCUUCUGCUGGUAGCAGACGUCUUGAAGGUGUUCCACAAAUGUUGAUCCUGAUAAGUGGUGGAAGGUCCAGUGAUGACAUUCUAAGUUCAGUACUUGAGAUAAAAGGUGCUGGAAUUGUGCCCUUCAGUAUUGGAAUACGGAAUGCUGACACACUUGAGCUACAGACAGUCUCUCACGUUCCUGAUUUUGCUUUGUUUGUGUCUGACUUCGAUGAUCUGAAGAGUAUUCAGAAUCAAUUUUUAUCCAUGAUAAAAACAGUUUCUCCACAACAGAGGCCACAACAGCCAACAGUUAUAGUUGAAACUGAAGUUGGACAAAGAGAUGUUGUGUUUCUGCUGGAUGGCUCUGAUUACACUAGAAAUGGAUUCCCAGCAAUGCGAGACUUUGUUCAGAGAGUGGUGGAGAAGCUCAAUGUGGAGGAAGGCAAAGAUCGAGUUGCUGUAGUCCAGUACAGUGACGAUUCAGCAGCUAACUUCUAUCUAAAUACAUACUCAACAAAGGAGGAUGUCAUUAAUAGCGUGAAAGGCCUGAAACACAAAGGGGGAAGGCCACUGAACACUGGCGCAGCUCUUCAGUUUGUUAAAGACAGUGUGUUUGCUGCUUCUGCUGGUAGCAGACGUCUUGAAGGUGUUCCUCAGCUGUUAAUUCUGCUGACUGGUGGGAGGUCCAGAGAUGACGUGAGAAGUGCUGUAACAGUCAUGAAAACAGCUGGAAUUGUUUCUUUAGUGAUUGGAACAAAGAAUGCAGACACACUUGAGAUACAAACAAUUUCACACGAACCUCGUUAUGCUUUCUCUAUUCCCGAUUUUCCUGACAUUCCAAGCAUUCAGCAGCACCUUUUGACAGCUAUGGCCAGAGCUGCACAGUUGAAGUCCCCCGAAUCGACAACAGUGAUAGACACUAGAAAAAGGGACAUUGUGUUCCUCUUGGAUGGUUCUGAUGACUCCAGGAGCGGAUUCCCAGCAAUGCGCGACUUUGUCCGUAGAGUAGUGGAAAACCUUGAUGUGGAGGAAAGCAGAGAUCGCGUGGCUGUGAUCCAGUACAGUAAUGACGCAGCAGCUAACUUCUAUCUGAAUACAUAUUCUACAAAAGACGAUGUCAUUAAUACCAUAAGAGGCCUGAAACAGAAAGGAGGAAGACCCCUCAACACUGGGGCAGCUCUGCAGUUUGUUAAGGAUAAUGUGUUUACACCUUCUGCUGGUAGCAGACAUCUUGAAGGUGUUCCUCAGAUGUUAAUUCUGUUGACUGGGGGAAGAUCCAGAGAUGAUAUAAGAGGACCAGUAACUGCGUUGAAAGGAAUCGGGGUUAUCCCAUUGGGUAUAGGCACAGGAAGUGCUGAUACUCUUGAACUACAAACAAUAUCCUAUGAGCCUAGUUAUGCAUUAUCCAUUCCUGAUUUAAAUGAUCUUCCAACUAUUGAGCAGCAGCUUUUAUCCCUGGCAAAAAGUGUCCUACAACGAAAAGAAACAGAAUCAACUCUGGUUUUAGUUGAUGCAGAAUCUACCAAAAGGGAUGUUGUGUUUCUACUUGAUGGCUCCGAUGAUGUUAAACUUGGCUUUGAAGCAAUCCGUAGUUUUGUUGAAAGAAUAGUAGAGAAUCUCAACGUGGAGGAGAACAAAGAUCGAGUUUCUGUGGUCCAGUACAGUAAUAAUCCUGCAGUUAAUUUCUACCUGAACUCGUACUCAACAAAGGAUGAUGUCCUGAAUGCUUUAAGAGGAUUAACAUACAAAGGAGGAAGACCCCUCAACACUGGGGCAGCUCUGCAGUUUGUGAAGAAUAGUGUCUUUACACCUUCUGCUGGUAGCAGACUUCUUGAAGGUGUUCCUCAGUUUUUAUUUGUAAUAAGUAGUAGAAGGUCCAAAGAUGAUGUUAGGGCUCCAGCAGGAGCUCUGAAAGAGAGCGGAAUCCUUGCUUUUGGCAUUGGAAUAAAGAAUGCCGACACACUUGAGCUGCAAACAAUAUCUUCUGAGCCUAGUUUUGCCUUUUCAGUUUCUGAUUUUGAUGACCUUAAAAACAUACAGAAACAAUUACUAUCCUAUAUCAUGAGCAGCGCUCGGGAAAUGAUUCCAGAACCUCCAGUACUUGUAGAUGAAAGUUCCACUGUAAAAAGAGACAUUGUCUUUCUUCUGGAUGGUACUGAUGAUACUAGAAGUAAAUUUCCAGCAAUCCGUGACUUUGUUCUAAGAGUCCUGGAACAAUUUGAUGUGGAGGAAAACAAAGAUCGUGUUGCUGUAGUGCAGUACAGUAACGAGUCACUUGCUAAUUUUUACCUGAAUACUCACUCAACAAAAGAAAGUGUGCUCAAUGCAGUCAGACAACUAAAACCCAAAGGGGGUAGACCCCAUUACACUGGAGCAGCUCUCCAGUUUGUUAAGGACAAUGUCUUUAUCCCAAACACUGGAAGUAGACGUCUUGAGGGUGUUCCUCAGAUUUUAAUACUUCUGACCGGCGGUAGAUCAAAAGAUGCUCUAAGAGGCCCCGCCAAUGCUCUAAAAAGGCUGGGGGUUGUGCUUUUUGUUAUUGGAACAAGAAACAUGGAUCCUGUUGAACUACAGACAAUUUCAUUCCAACCUAGCUAUGCUUUCUCAGUCACUGAAUUUGAUGAGCUUUUUAGAAUUCAACAGAAACUAGUGACAAGAGUGGCUCAUCAGAGGUCCCAGGAAGUACCUAAAAUAAUAGUGGAGACUGAAGCUGCACGGAGGGAUGUUGUAUUUCUACUUGAUGGGUCUGAUAAUAGCAGAAAUGGAUUCCCAGCAAUGCGUGACUUUGUUCAGAGAAUAGUGGACGGUCUUGAUGUGGAAGAAAACAAAGAUCGAGUUGCUGUUAUCCAAUACAGCAAUACAGCCGUGGCAAAUUUCUACCUAAAUUCAUUUUUAAAGAAAGACGAUACUUUAAAGUCAAUCAAGCUCCUGAAGCACAAAGGAGGAAGACCGCUCAACACUGGGGCAGCUCUGCAGUUUGUUAGGGAUCAUGUGUUUACUGCUUCUGCUGGUAGCAGACGUCUUGAAGGUGUUCCUCAGAUAUUAAUUCUGCUGUCUGGUGGAAAGUCCAGAGAUGAUGUUAAAAGGCCAGCAGCUUCUUUGAGAAAUAGCACUAUUGUGUCUUUUGGUAUUGGUAUUGGAAAUGCAGACACACAAGAAAUGGAAGCUAUUUCGUACAAACCUGGUUUCACAUUGUCUGUUUCUGAUUUUGACCGUCUUGAAAGCAUACAGCAACAGCUCUUUUCAAUUCUGAAAAGAGGAAUCCUGCAACAAAAGAAAGAAUUCCCUUAUAUCAUAGUUGAGGGUGAUGCCGUCAGAAGGGAUGUUGUGUUUCUGCUGGAUGGCUCUGAUUACACUAGAAAUGGAUUCCCAGCAAUGCGGGACUUUGUUCAGAGAGUGGUGGAGAAGCUCCGAGUUGAUGAAAACAAAGAUCGGGUUGCUGUAGUCCAAUACAGUAAUGAUCCAGCAGCUAACUUCUUUCUAAAUACAUACUCAACAAAGGAGGAUGUCAUUAACAGUGUGAAAGGCCUUAGACACAAAGGAGGAAGGCCACUGAACACUGGGGCAGCCCUUCAGUUUGUUAAGGACAGAGUCUUUACUGCAUCUGCCGGCAGCAGACGUCCUGAGGGUGUCCCUCAGAUUGUUGUUGUGCUGGCUGGGGGAAGAUCUAGUGACAGCGUUGAAGCACCAGCUGCAGCCCUGAAGGAACUUGGAGUGUUGAUCUUUGCAAUUGGAACAAGGAGCUCUGAUAGCAGAGAAUUGCAAAAGAUUACCUACGAUCCUAGUUAUGCUCUUUCAGUGUCUGAAUUCUCUGACCUCCCAGCAGUCCAAGAGCAACUUCUAUCAUCUGUUAAUACCGUAGUUGUUGAGAUCACACCAGGAACACCAACUGUGUUGGGUAAGAAAAGUAGAAGUAUAGAGAAACAUGUUUUGCUAGUUGUACAAGAA